UAAUAUCUAGUGUCGGCACUUGAUAAAAACACUAAGGACAAAGACAGUCUAUUGUUUCAUAUAUGAUAUAUGUUAUCAACAUCUUGAGUCUGAUUACAGACACUAGUAGGAAUUAUUCAUCAUAGACUGUCCACAACUUCAGCAGAGAUCAUCAUGAAGUUUGACGUAAUUGCGGGAAAGAUAGGCGAGUUUGGUCUUUACCAAAAACGUGUAUAUUUUCUACUAUGUCUUCCAGCACUUUUUGCAGGAAUUCAGACAAUGAUUUCAGUUUUUACUCUCGGUGUUCCAAAACACAGAUGUGCCAUUCCAUCCUUAAAUAACGAUUCGUAUGAAGUAAUCGAUGAUUCCCAUAGAUCAUUGAUUAAUCAAUCCAUUCCCAUCAGCGUAUCAUUCAAAGGUCAGAGGUCAUACGAUAAGUGUCAUCUUAUCGAUGCCGGAGCCAACAGAAGUGAAGGAUCCGGUCAACAUGAAUGCAGCAUGUGGGUCUAUGAUAAGGAAUUCUUUGAUGACACAGUUGUUACUAAAUUUAAUUUGGUGUGUGAAGAUAAACUAGCAAGAGCCCAUGCUAGAAUGAUAUUAAUGAGCGGAUAUCUCCUAGGGUCAGUUUUAACAGGGAUCAUAGCUGACGCGGUUGGUCGUAAGAUGGCGUUGAUGUUGCUGAUUGUCAUACAUUCUACGUCAUCAAUUGCUACUGCAUGGGCACCAUCAUUCAUCGUUUACGUAUGUCUACGAUUUUUUACCGGGAUAUCUAAUAGUGGACUUUUCCUUGUUGUUUUUGUUUUAGGUGUUGAACUUGUUGGGCCGUCUAAACGAAUGUUGGCAGGCAUUAUAGUUGAGUAUUUCUGGGCGUUUGGAGUCAUGAUAUUAGGAGGCGUGGCCUAUGCGUUGAGAGACUGGCAGCUUCUUCAGAUGACCUUCGCCUUCCCGUCUAUAAUACUUCUGUCGUAUUGGUGGCUUAUACCUGAAUCACCUAGGUGGUUAAUGGCGAAAAGACGCCACGAAGAAGCUGAAACGAUUAUAAGAGAUAUGGCGAGAGUGAACCAAGUUAAAUUACCAAAAUCAUUGUUUAAACAGGAUGACGUUACCGGAGAACUUGUUUCACAAGAAAACCUCCAUAAAGUUGACGUUUGGCAAGUCUUCAAAUCACCUAUAUUGGUUUUUAGAACAGUUGUCAUCUUUAUUAACUGGUUUGUAGUUAGCAUGGUUUUCUACGGUCUGAGUAUGAAUGCUGAUUCAUUGGGUGGUAAUGUUUACGUGAACUUUGAACUGUUGACUUUUAUGGAAGUAGUCGCCUAUGUUCUAUGUCUGUUAUUCUUGAACAGAUUGGGAAGAAAAAAAGUUCACUGUACCAGUAUGUUGGUUGGCGGAUUAGCAUGUAUUGGUACCUUAUUUGUUAAUCUCUAUGGCGAUGAAUCUCUUAAUUGGAUAAACAUAAUUUUAGCUCUCAUUGGUAAAAUUGGUGCUGCUGCAGGGUUUGCUGUUAUAUUUUUUUACUCAGCGGAACUAUUUCCUACAGUGCUUCGUAAUUCCUUUAUGGGUGCUGGUAGUGUAUUUGCUAGAAUUGGUGGAAUGGUAUCUCCGUACAUAGCGGAUUUGGGCUCAGUGGUAGGAGGUAACUUCGGACCGUCCUUACCAUUACUGAUAUGUGGUCUGGCUUCUAUAUUUGCUGGAUGUGCUGCUCUAACUUUACCCGAAACACUCCAUAAAGAUCUCCCUGAAACUAUAAACGAUGCUAAAAAAUUUGGCAGAGAACCCGUGGUCAAACCAGAUAGUGUUAAAGAAGAAGGGAGAGAAAUGUUACCGAAAGACGUUACCUCACAAGUUUAACAGAAUUAUAGCUUUGAUAUCCCUUUUAUAUACAUUUGUUAAAAUAUCAUAUCAUUGACAAUGUUUCAUAAUAUUUCUUUAUAGAAGUGUUAUUUGUAUAUAAUUACACACGUAUCAUUUAUAUCAUAACCCUUAUUUUUAUAUAUUCAUUGGAAUAGCAAGAAGUAUGUUUAAAAUAAUGUUACGAAUAAUGGACAAUCUGAUUCUUGUCGAGUGAUCCAUUAACUACUUAGUGGUUAUUUAAUCAUCCUAUUGGAGACGUAGACUAGGAACUUCCCAGAAACAUUAAAACCAAUUGAUACAACUAUGGACUACAUUUUAUAUUCUAAUAACCAUACUCAUCAAAGUUCACUCCCCGGUGUUGAAUCAUUGUCUUCUGGAGAAAAUGGAUGUCAACAGACAAUAAAACAUGUUUAUGAAUGAGUUUAUGUGAUAUACUUUGAUAAGAUAAACAAAACACAACACGGGGUAGCCUAUAAUAAUAUGUGUAGGAUAAAGCAGGGACUCGGGUUAUGCUGGGGAAAGAAAGACUGAAGGAAAUAACCGGAGAAAAAGAAAAACCGAGGCCGGGAGGCCGAGCUUUUUCUGUCGAGGGAUUUUUCUGAAGUCGAGGACUUUAUCUUGCUUAUUAAUCAUUUAUGUUUAUAUGUACGCAAAAUGAAAAUAUCACAGAAUUCCCGUAAGAAAAACCGUAUAUCAUGUUUUCUUAUGGAAAAAAACCUAGCCUGGAAGAAUCACCUGUUACAGUUUUAAAGAAAAACUUUCAGAAGAAUAACCCCAAAUUCCCCCUUUAUAUAUCCAAAGCCGGGGCCCGUCUUUCAGACCGCAAGUUAUUCCGGGCAUAGAAUAUACCCCAAAGAGCAAAGAGAUUUACCUUUAUAGGUUUAUAAAUACAUAUAACUACUUCUCUGUUAUUAAAAUGACGAUGUUUCGUAACAAUACAGAUCAUGUUUUCAAGUUAAUGAAACAUAUACUUAAAUAACAAAGAAGUGGUUAUAUCCAUAUAUACUUUGUGUUGGGUUUUGUUGUUUUAUAGUUAACUUUGUGCUUCUAGAAGUGAUAGUCAAGAUAAACACUCGGCGUUUAGAUAAAACCGCCUAAAACAUGAAUUGAUUGACCAUGUUAAUAAUACUGAUCGGAUAAAUUAAAAACACACUGGAAGGGUAGCAUCUGAUUUGUCCAACUAAUAUCUGAUAUGAUCAAAACAAAUAAUUUAAACAAUUAAACAGGCAUUAUGCACUAGCUAAAUCUAUAUAUUAUGUUAUCUAUAUUAUUAAUUAGACGUUUAUUAACAUGACAAGACCAUAAUAAACGCUUGAUGCCAUUGGAUUGCUCUGAUUUUAAGUAGAUAAGAACGGUUCGGUUGUUUAAUGAUUUAAUUUAAAAGUGGAGAAGCGAGACUAAGAUUCACUGACCAGUACGGUGUUUACGAUCAAUGCACACAUCUUGUCAAGGCUACAACUAUUGAUAACUUCGCUCAAAAUAAAGUACGAGGUAAUUUGAAUGGAAUUUUCAAUAUAUUCAUUUUGUAUUAUGUAUUUUUGAAAUAUUAUCUAAAUCUUACAUAAUGUACCCAGAUCAUCCAUUUAAUUAUUUUACACGCUUACAUUAGAUGGUAAUGUGAUCGUGAACUGUUGUCAUAUUGUCCGUAUGCCCUCCACUCUUAAGUUAUUCGUACUAACUUUUUGUAGUUUUUUAAAAAAAUUUUAACAAAAUU